UUUAAAUAUAGUACUUUUUUUUUGCAAAAGAGAACAUGUGCUUUCGGAAGUUGUGAUUUUUCGUGUUUUUUUUUAAAGUAGAAGACUUUAAACUUUCUAUUUAUAUAUAUAUAUAUAUUGCAAUAUUGGAGAAUGAAAAUGAACGCGUUGGUAUAUUUGAAGUUUGCCCUGGUGCUGGCAGUGGCCGCUAACUUUCUUGACAGCGAGGCGAAGUUUCUUGAAAGGAGUCAGGAAUCUCCGGUGAGGAGGUGCCUGGAUGGGAGUGCGCCGCGCCGCUUGAGGAGGAGAGAGAGGAGGCUUCUCGCCCUGGACCCUAGUGCCUAUAUCUGUCACAGGCUGUACGGCCGCCUGUCCUGCUGCCCCAGCUUCGGGCAUUUCCAUGAGUUCGUUGAUUCCAAGAUAGUUUCUGUUACAAACAACACAGAAUGUGCAAGGCUGCUGGAGGAAAUCAAGUGCGCCCAAUGUUCACCACAUGCACAGUAUUUAUUUCACUUACCUGACCGGCAAGGAGCAGCAGACAAUGAGCUGGCUUUUCCCAUGUUGUGCGGAGAUUAUUGCAAACAGCUCUACUUUGCGUGCAGAAGCCAAAUCGCAGGACUCUUCCAAACUACUUCAGAUGAGUUCUGUAACCUUUAUGCAGCAAAGGACAAUGGGAUAUGUUUUCCAGACUCGCCCAGAAAACAAGUACAAGCACUGGCUUCCAACUAUUUAAACCAUAUGGAUGACUAUUACAAGAUGGAGCAGGCCAACAGAAAAUAUAAAAAAAACUGUUACUGCCUUCAUGAAGUGGUCAGUGGACUUGUGCAGCCAACUGGAUUAGUGCAUUGUGGAGAUGGAUCACAAAGACUCUUCAUCUUGGAAAAGGAAGGUUUUGUAAAGAUUUUCACUCCUGAUGGUGAAUUACUGAAGGAAUCAUUCCUUGACAUUCACAAGCAGGUUCAGAGUGGAAUAAAGGGUGGAGAUGAAAGAGGACUGUUAAGCCUUGCAUUCCAUCCUAAAUACAAGAAAAAUGGAAAGCUCUAUGUGUCCUAUACCACCAACCAAGAGAGAUGGGCAAUUGGACCACAUGACCACAUUCUUAGAGUAGUCGAAUACACUGUAUCCAGAAAAAACGCAAAUCAAGUGGAUACAAGAACAGCAAAGGUAUUGAUUGAAGUUGCAGAAUUACACAGGAAACAUUUGGGUGGACAGCUGAUGUUUGGGCCAGAUGGCUUCCUGUUCAUCUUCCUAGGAGAUGGAAUGAUUACUCUUGAUGAUAUGGAAGAAAUGGAUGGGUUAAGUGAUUUUACAGGGUCUGUGCUUCGAAUCAAUGUAGAUACAGAUUCUUGCAAUGCACCAUAUUCUAUACCCAGAAGCAAUCCUUACUUUAAUAGCACCAAUCAACCACCAGAGAUAUUUGCACAUGGACUUCAUAAUCCAGGCAGGUGUGCAGUGGAUCACCAUCUUAGAGACUCCACUGGCAAUCUGACCAUACUUUGUUCAGAGUCAAAUACUUGGAAUAAGUCAUCAGGAAGAAUAAUCAAGAUAACAAGGGGAAAAGAUUAUGAAAUAGAGCCUCCAGCAAUUGAAUUCAAAUCGUCUAGCCACAGUCCUUUAGUGGGCGGCUUCAUAUACAGAGGAUGCCAGUCCAGAAGACUAUUUGGAAACUACAUUUUCGGAGAUCGAAAUGGGCAACUGAUGAGCCUUCAACAAAGUUCUUUGAACAAACAGUGGCAAGAACGAGCUUUGUGCCUUGGCAGUGGCACGACGUGCAAAAACUCACAUAGCGGUCAGAUCUCAGGAAUGGUUUUGGGAUUUGGAGAAGAUGAGUUAGGUGAGAUCUACGUUGUAGCGAGCAGUAAAAGUGUGACGCAAGUACACAGUGGGAAGAUCUACAAAUUAAUGGAUCCAAAAAGACCGUUGGUUCCAGAAGAAUGUAAGAAAUUAGUGUCGCCUCCACAACCAUUGGCAGCAGAGUGCUCGCAUCUGUGUAGAAAUGGACUUUGCACGCCUACAGGAAUAUGCUGCUGUGAUCCAGGCUGGGAUGGAGAAUUCUGCAGAGAGGCGAAGUGCGACCCAGUUUGUCAGCAUGGUGGUGUGUGCGUGCGACCAAAUAAAUGCUUGUGUAAGGAGAGCUACACUGGACCACAGUGCGAACAAGUGGAUAGAAACAUUGAAAGAGUGGCAAGAGCAGCAGUUUGCCAGCAGCCCCGGAAGAUUGGGAAGUGCCACACCCCGACAUGGCGCUGGUUCUUCAUUGUGGACACCAGGCAGUGUGAACAGUUUGUUUUUAGUGGUUGCCAAGGAAACAAAAAUCGAUUCAACACUCAAGAGGAGUGCGAGAAAACCUGCUUACCAGGAAACUAUCAAGGCACAGAACUGAUGCAGAGGAUGGAUAUAUAAACUCUUGACCACCCAUCUUUUAGUUUCUUCCAUAAUGACAGAAAAAUCAAAUACAUUUCAUACUUUUGAUGUAUAUUUUACAUGGGACUAAAAGAUUUUAACAUUCAGAAAUGGGGAAAACAGGUUACUUCAGGUUUUUAUUAUCUAACCUUAAAUUUAUUUUAAAAUAAUGUGUAAUAUCUGAAGUGAAAUUUUAGAAACAGUGACAUCUGAAACAAAAAUGGUCAAACUGUAUAAGCUCAUAACUGGUCGGCCAUCGCCAGAUUCUAAUUGGUGUACGUAGAUUUAAAACAAAGACAUUUAAAUGUAUAAUUUCUUUUUAAAAUUUAAUAUAUUGUUUAUGUAAAUGCAUGCUUAAUGUCCUCAAGAAUACAGUAUUAUACUGUGACCAUUGAGCUGAUAAAUUGUAUUUUUAAACAUUAUCUGUUACAUACUGUAUUGCAUCUGUUAUUAUACUAUAUGUAAGCUGCAGCAGAUAUGCUAAAGUAUAUUUUUAUUACAGUAGCUACAAAAGUAAUUGACCACUGGUAGUUCUCCUAAACUUCUACAGGCUCUCUUUGUGGGCCCAUAUCUUAAUGAUCAUUAAACUGUAACCUGUAAAUUUUAGCGACGAAACCAUUGAUGUCAAAUACCAUGUUUGUCAAGGACUAAUUAUCAUCAAGUCUUUAAAUGUUCGGAGGUGAGAUCUCAUAAUGCUGCUGGAAAGAUCAAAUGCCGAGAAAUUGUGUGUCACUUUUUUUUGUUGUUGCUCUAUACAUGCAUUGCAUAUGGCAUUAACGCUCACUCAGAUCUCCAGAAAAUGUUUCUUAAAGCAGUGCAAUGAGUUUUGCACACAGAAUCACGCACUAGAACAGGAUUUUAUCAGAAGCUAAAUAUGGAGUUCGUAAACCUCUCUGCUGUUUACGCGUUGACCACUCGGAAGUGAGGUGUUGCUUUCAAGUCAAGUCAAUUUUAUUUCUAUAGCACAUUUAAAAACAACUCUCGUUGACCAAAGUGCUUUACAUCAGCACAGGUACAUUGUGAACCCUUCCCCCAACAGCCGCCAAAAACGCCACCAAAAACACUGCUGUGGAGGUGAGGCAAAACACAGGUCGCUAAACAUUCUUGUUAAAUUGGGCAUCCGGUAGUUAAUGGUCUAACCUGGUCUAGACCCAUGCUGCCAUGAGGUGCAGGCUAGGCUAAGCUUGCAGCUCAGAACCGAUUUGAAUAAAGAGCCUGUGGUCCAUUGAAUCAUUGCCCAUAAUGCUGAUCAGGGCCGGAUUUACAUAUAAGCUAGACAAGCUUUAGCUUAGGGCCUCGAGAUCUAGGGGGGCCUACUCACCUCGCUGCCUCACCAGACACGUCGAACCUCGCCCCCCCCCCGCCACCGACCAUCCGCCCACCGGGACCUCCUACUCUUUGCCCGCUGACCCUGGCCACUCCACCGCCCUCCAGCAGCCGUCGCCUUACCUGCAGCCUGGACUCAGCACCGGGCCUGGUGUUUCCACGCUGCAGACUCUCACUCCCUCGGGUUUGACUGCGCUGGGUCCUAGUGCUAGUCCCCCAAUCCCUGGUAAUCCCUGUGGCUGUUCCACUGGGUCUUCCCCAUCCCCCUCAAACCAGGUGACCCCAGCACUUCCCCACCCACACUACAGCCCUCAUACCCCCUGACCACCCACCACACCUCCAGGUAAAGCAUCUCCCGUUCCGCGGUGAAUCUAAUAUGUAUUUUAAAACCAACUGUUUAAUGACAACAUACAGUAGGAUCUAAAAGUGUCACACUGUCACUGUAAGGUAGUCAUGGUCCUCUGGUCGUGG